CAGAAACACUUUUUAUAAACGGGUUUAUUUUUGUUAAUAAAAUCAAUAAAUAGAUUUGGUAACCGCCUUUGAGUAGGGAUUAUAAGUAAGUUUCCUUCCUAAUCAUGGUUUAACAUCUUUGAAUAAGAUUUUAUAGUGUAUAUAUAUACACCUUCCGGUAGAUAAUUUCUCUCCACUUUUUCCCUCCGAAACCCCUUCCAAUGGAGGUUCGCUUCUUAAUUCUUGUCGCCGUCACUACCUUCCUCUUUGUAGCGACAGUGGCUGAUGAAUCGAGAAAAUUUAUAGCGGAACGGAACAGAGUUGGAGAGCAGAAUCCCGGAAUGGUGCCGGAAAAAAACAAUGGGCCUGUUGCAUAUUUUGAAUUUCGCAUGCAUCAAUACCAACGUGGCGAAGUGAUGGCGUGGUGGAAGAUGCGACUGUGGGAUUACUCGGAGCAUUCCUUGUCCGCUGCAUUGAUUGCCUCCGUGGGCUUUCUUUUCCUUUUUCCAGUUUACAUGGUGGCGAUUGUCAUCUUCAUAUGUAUUUUCCUGAUUGUUGCCUUCAUCCUUCUCCAUCCCAUGUUUGUUGUCGGAUUAGCAAUGAGGAAGAUACUCAUGUAUCUCAUUUAGAAUAUUGAGUAUCGUACUCGGGUAUAGACUAUAGAUCCCAAAUUAAGUAGAGACCAUAUAUACUGUAGAAAUCAUAUGCAUUGUAAAAAAGAUGUGUAGUGUUCUUUCCCUCUUCAAGUACUUACUAUAUGGUCCCUCUUGGGUAAAACUAAAAGACCCCGUCAGGAGGAAAAGCAGAAAGAGUAAACAUAGCAAC